GUCCAGGAUAAUUCACAGGACACUUCCUGUCUGCUCUCUCUUUCUCUCUCUUUCUCAAUCUCUCUCUCUCUCUCUCUCUCACUCUCUGUGGUUUUGGCUUCAGAAUUCCACCACGGAAGGAAAACUUGCUGGCUCUUUGUCCCCCCCAUCUCCUAGUUUACUCCCUCUGACUCGCCCUCUCUCUCUCUCCCCCUCUCUCUCUCUCUCCCUCUCUGUUGUUGGAUGCCAGACAUCUGGGGGUGAGGCUGAGCUGCUGAACUGGGGGGUUGGUGGCAGAGAGUGAGUGUGAAGACUGAGUGUGUGACAGCAUUCCUCUGAGCAGCUGGAGAAGGUGAAGAAGACGCACACAGACUCCCAACGACUGGAGAGCUCAGUGUCCAGUGAGAGCUGAAGAUGUUGGUGAAGACAGACUGACAGAGACUACUUCACCACUGAGACCACAGACAGACAGACCACGCCCCCUAGUUUCUUAUCUGAGUCUGCCAAUCACAAAUGGCAGCAGCUGCGAUCCUGUGGCUGCUGUCGGUGACCACCGUCUGCAGCGGGGGGUUAGUGGUGGUUAACUCGGGCAUAGAGGUCGCCAGGGGGCGCUCAGUGUUCGUCACAGAGAAGGAGCUGAAGAUCAGCGUGGAACCUACAGCUGACUGCAAGGUGGAGGUGGUGACGAACGAACCUGUUACACAGAGGGUGGGGAAGCUGACCCCCCAGGUGUUCGACUGCAGCUUCCUCCAGGAUGAAGUCAAGUACGUCCACAACGGCAGUCCCUUAUUGGACCAGGACACAGUGAUGCUGAGAGUCUACAGGUUCACGUCCUCAGACACACUGGUGGAGAAAGUGUUUGUGACUGUGCGGGUGGUGGACUCGGGGUCUGGCCUGGUGGAGCUGGGCACAGCUCCUCUGGUGGUUCCUUACUUCUACGCUCUUUCCAACGCCAUCAACAACUCUGUGCUCCACAUCAGGACCAGGACCGCCACAGUCUGCACCGUCAGACUCUUGACCACUGACAUCAACGCUCCCGCUCUGGGUCAGCUUGUCCGGGAGGAGGACACCGCCCAGAGAAAAGGCAGAGGGACGGCAGCACUGUGUCCUGGAAACAAACCCUGCCUUCACGACACCAAGGAAGUUCGAUUCCUCAAAACCAGCUGCCAGGAUUUCCUGAGCUCUGGUCUAAAGUACCAGCACCUCAGUCCUCCGUCCCCAGAGAUUGACUACAUUCCCAUCAGAGUGGAGCUGAGGGAAAAGACCACGAGGGCUUUACUGGAGUCGGAGGCUAUUUGGUUGCCCGUACUGAUCCAGGGAGCGAUGCCCAACCAGCCCCCACAGGCAGCCCUCAUGGCCUCCUUUAUUCUGGAGGUGGAUCAGUUUAUCCUCACUCCACUCACCACUGCAGCCUUGGACGCCAACGACCACGAGACGCCACGGGAGAAGUUGGUCUUUAAUGUCACCGUCCCACCUGCUGAGGGCUACAUCACCCACCUGGAUGACCACACCAAGUCUAUCGGGUCUUUUAGCUGGUUGGACCUGUACGAGAUGAAGGUGGCCUAUCAGCCCCCCAACACUAGCCAAUCACAGCGCAGAAACUUGGAGGUGGAGUUCCGGGUCAUUGAUGGCUCCUACAUCAGCAGCCCAUCCAUCAUGGUCCACAUCUCAAUCAGAGCGUCUGACACAAAUGCACCCAGAGUUUCCUGGAACAUGGGUCUGGAUCUGCUGGAGGGUCAGUCUCGACCAAUCACCUGGGAGGAGCUGCAGAUCGUGGACAACGACAAUAUCGAUGCCGUUUACCUGGUGGCUGUGGACGGUCCUCUACAUGGACGCCUGAGUGUCAGAGGUGGAAAAGCUUUUAUGUUCCGAGUGCGGGACCUGAAGGAAGGCGUGGUCGUCUACCACCACUCUGACAGUGACACCACCCGUGAUCACGUCGUGUUCCGUAUAAGUGACGGCCGUCACAGCAUCCGCCACAAGUUCCCAAUCAACAUCCUGCCCAAGGACGACUCCCCACCUUUUCUCAUCAACAAUGUGGCGGUGGAAGUGCAGGAGGGUGGAGCAGUGAGGCUGGAGGAGUACAUGCUGAUGGCUUCUGACCUGGACUCCAGUGAUGAUUACAUCCUGUACCAACUGGUCAACCCCCCCAGGACCGGGCAGCUGGUCAGAAAGACCCCCGGGCAGCAGACAGGUUUCUCGGUGGACAGUUUCCUUCAGAAGGACCUGCUCCAGGGUCAGAUCUCCUACCAACACUCAGGGGAAGAGCAGUUUGAAGACUCCUUUGACAUCACGUUGUCUGACAGCCACCAGCCGCCAAACCUCUCACAGACAUAUACGGUGGUGGUCCAUGUUUUCCCAGUGAAAGACCAGCUGCCAGUGGAGGUGGCGGGCAGCGUUCGCUCUCUGACAGUGAGAGAGACGGACGUGGUCUACAUCACGCAGACUCACCUUCACUUCACAGACAGGGAACAGCCCGACUCGGACCUGACUUACGUCAUUACGCAGCCCUGUUUUAGCCCACAGAACCCUGGACUGAUGGACGCAGGACGUCUGUUCUACACUGAUGUCACAAACGCCAUGAAGAGAGACCACAUGGUGCCAGUGCUGAAGUCCUUCACACAACAUGCCGUGAACCAUAUGAAGGUAGCCUUUAUGCCUCCAGUGGAGGACAUCGGUCCAGAGCCACUCUUUGUCCAGUUUGUCUUCUCUGUGAGCGACCACCAAGGUGGCGCCCUCUCAGGUCUCCUCUUCAACAUCACCAUCCUCCCUGUGGACGACCAGGCCCCAGAGGCCUUCACCAACCUGCUGCGGGUGGAGGAGGGUGGAGGCACCUUUGUGACAGAGGAGCAUCUCCUGGUGCACGAUCGAGACAGCAGAGAGCAGACCCUGAGGAUGGAAGUCCAGAAGACACCUCAUCACGGCCGUCUGGAGCUGCAGGGACGGACGCUUCAGCCAAGAGACGUCUUCAGUCUGCAGGACCUCCGAGGACUUCGACUCAGGUACAUUCACGAUGACUCUGAGACCACUGAGGACGAGGUCGCCCUGAGGGUCACAGACGGUCUGAACUCAGCCCACGUGGUCCUGCCCAUACAGAUCCUGCCCAUGAAUGACGAGCCUCCACAGUUAGGCAGAGGUCUACGGGGGGAGCUGAGCUGCGAAGAAGGGGGUCGGGUCCAGGUGACAGUGGACUAUCUGUCGGCUACAGACCGUGACAGCGACGACUUCAGACUGACCUACAUGUUGGCCCGGAGCCCCGGUCGAGGGGAGCUGCAGAGAGCUGGUCUGAGUGUGGACAGGUUCUCCCAGCAGGACCUGCUGCAGGGAUUCAUUUACUACGUCCACACAGGAGGAGAGAUCGGAGCAGAACCAGUGUUUGACACAGUCACUCUCAUCAUCUCUGACGGCGAGGCUGGUGGGACUGAGGGUUGUUGCCAUGGAGACGCCCUGCCUCCUCCCGUGCCCCUCCAUGGCACACUUCCUGUGUACGACCUCAACAUCACCGUCCUGCCCGUCAACAACAAAGUUCCUUCCAUCACACUGGGAGAGUCUCUGUUGGCGGUGGAUGAAGGUUCCUCAGCCUGUCUGUGUAAAGGCGUCCUCGGUGCCGUGGACCCUGAUAGCCCCCCCGACCAGCUGACACUCUACCUGGACGCUCCACCUCUUCACGGCUUCCUGGAGAACACACUGCCACCACCUGGCUCUGAGAAGAGCAACGCGGGUGUCCACAUUGAAUCAUUCAGCCUCAUCCACCUGACGUCAGGUUUCAUCAACUACGUCCAGUCAGAGCACAGAGGGGCCGAGCCCACUGUGGACCAGCUCUCCAUCAGCGUGAGUGACGGCCUUCAUCACUCCGCCCCCGUUCCCGUUUACAUCAUCAUCAAUCCAACCAACGAUGAGAAACCAUCUCUGCUGAUCGCCAACUUUACCGUCAGAGAAGGAGGUACGAGGGAACUUACUCCAUCGAUACUGGACGCUGUGGACCUGGACGCUCCUCAGGACCUGCUCACGUUCACAGUGGUCCAAGCUCCAGUUCAUGGUCAACUCAUCACUGGUGCGGACACCAGCCGCUACCUGGACAAGAGCCGCCCCGUCACUUCCUUCACCUUACAGGAGCUACGUCAAGGCAUGAAGAUCAUGUACAUGCACGAUGACACAGAAACCCUGGAGGACGCCGUGGCUCUGCAGCUGACAGAUGGCGUCCACACCGUGAGGGGGACGACCCGUGUCACCGUGCUGCCGGUCAACGAUGAGAAACCACGACUGCUCAAGAAUGCAGGGUUGGAGGUGGACGUAGGCGAGCGCAGAGUGAUCUCCAGCGUGGCCCUGGAAGCCGAGGACUUGGACUCGACACCAAACCGAGUGUACUACUUCGUCAACGCUGUCCCGCGAGUCGGAAAACUCCAGCUGAAGACACCGUCAGGCUGGGUGGAGUUGUCCUCCGGUCAGAACUUCACCCAGGAGGACGUGGAGAUGAACCGACUGUGGUACCAACAUUCCACCACCGCUCAUCAUGACCCUGUCGGCUUCAAAGGUCACGACAGCUUCAGGUUCACGCUGACUGACCUGGACAACGAGUCUCCGGCUCAGAGCUUCUUCAUCUCUGUUCGAACGUUUCCAAAAGGGGACAUCGUUCUCCAGACUAGGACAGUGAAUCUGAUGGAGGGUCAGCGUGUCGUCCUCAACACCAACAUCCUACUGGCGUCAGACGCAGCAGGUCGUCCAGAGGAACUGCUUUACACCGUGUCCAUCCCGCCGCGGUACGGUCUGGUCCACGCGGUGCGUAAACCUGGAGUCCCGCUGAGCAGCUUCACGCAGCUCGAUGUCGCCGCACACCAAGUGUGUUACAGCCACGACAACAGCCAUGAAGCAGAGUCAGACUCCUUAAGUUUUGUUGUGACUAACGGUGUCUCGUCCCGGAGUGGAACCCUCCACUUCACUGUCGAGCACAGCGAUCGCAUCCCACCAACCCUGAACCACAACACCGGCCUCCGCCUGCAGGACGGCGCCACUGAGGUCAUCGGCCCCGACCGACUGGAGCUCACUGACCCCGACACCGCCAUCACCAACCUGAGCUACAGCGUCACUGAGCCACCGCGCUAUGGCAAACUGCUGCUCAGAGGAGUUCCACUUCAGCCUCCAUGGAGGUUCAACCAGGGGGAUGUGGACCAGCUGAAACUGGCCUACCAACAUGACUCGGACAGCCCAGCUGAGAUCGACAGGUUCUACUUCCUGCCAACUGAUGGAACCAACCGGGGAUACCUGGAGUUCGGUCAGCUAAGAGAAGAACCGGCCGUGUUCAAUAUUCAGGUGGAUCAGGUGGACAGGACACCCCCCAGUCUGACCACAAGGAGGAGCCCCAGCACUGUGGUGGAUCUGGGUGGAGGUCGUUACGGCAUCUUCAUCACCAACAAACACCUGCAGGCCUCGGACCCUGACAGUCCCACGGAGGAGCUGGACUUCUCCAUCAGCAGACCUCCGUACUUUGGACACCUGGAGAACACAGUGACAGGGGGCUACAUCAGGGGACGCUUCACCCAGCGGGACGUGGACCAGCGUGCGGUGGUGUUUGUUCUUCCGGCCGACAUGGAGGUGACGGCCGACAGCUUUGAGUUCCUGCUCACGGACCCAGCUGGAAACACCAUGCUGCCACAAGUUCUGGAGCUGACCUGGUCUCGGGUGGAGUUGUCAGCGACCUGCUACAGAACCUGUGAGACUGCCGGGACCCUUCAGAUCCAGAUCCAACGCAGCGGCCGGAGCGAGGACCCGGCCUACGUCGCUAUUCAGGUGGAGGAGGGAUCAGCCAAACCUGGCAGAGACUUCACUCACAGCACAGCCGGACUGAUCCAGUUUGACCCAGGCGUCAGUGUGAAAACCUGGAACGUUUACCUGACAGAUGAUGGACUGGAGGAGAACCACGAGACCUUCACUGUCAUCCUCAAAAAUCCUAAAAACGCCGUCCUGGGACAGAGGACGUCCGCCAGUGUGGAGAUCAUCGACCCCAGAGGAGGAAUGUGUGACCCUGAGGAGCUGCUGGAGGAGGGUGACAAGCACCUCCCUCCUCCUCCUUUAGUGGAGGUGGAAGAGGACCCUGUCACCGACAUUGAGGCCGAGCUGCUGUGGGAGAGCCAGCCUCACCCUCCCAGAGGGGACGUCCCCAGCAGGCGUGUCUCCCUGGACUACGUUGAGGAAGAACCUCAGGACCAGGCAGCUCCCAGUUACAGCCACACCCACCACCACAGGGGGAGGCAGCAGCUGGGGAUGAACCCUGGGGGCGGGGGACACAGAGUCAGACAUGAAGGACUGAAGGUGUAUGUACCAGCACAGAGACAGUCAGAAGACAAAGUCUGGACGUUUCACAGUCUGACUCCUCUACGACUGGAGGAGCUGGAGGCUGGUGAUGGUGGGUGGAGCUGGUCCCACCACAGAGCUGGAGACCAUCCUCAGAUGGAUCCUCCUGUAGGCAGCCUGGAGCUACAGCAGCACAAGACAGGCCGGUCUGUCAGCAGCUCCUGUCCUGAAGGUUGGACCCACUACAGGAGACGAUGUUACGUCCUCAGCCUGUCAGUGGCCAGCUGGGCCAGCGCCGAGAGAACCUGCUCACUGAAGUAUAACAGUAGUCUGACCAGUGUGCGGUCCAGAAAAGACAUGUCCUGGCUGUGGAGGUUUGCAGAGAAGAAGCCAUUUUGGAUCGGUCUGUCUGGAGGCCACAGUGGCUGGAUGUGGAUUGAUGGUCAGUCAGUGUCUUUCAAUAGACUGAAGGUGGCGCCCCAGGGUCACAGUGGGCCUGUCCAAGGCUCUGAUUGUGUGCUAGUUGAAAACCCAAGAAGCUGGAUUUCCACCAGCUGCUCUGGCCAAACUGAGCAUAAAUUCAUCUGCUCGUCACAGGCUUAGUCUUUGAAACACCGCCAGUGUUUCACUGCUGCCAGCAGAGGCCGCUCUGUGACCCUCUGUCCCCUGUUGAAGUCAUAUUUAAUGUCUGUGCUAUGAUGCUGCUCUGUACAUGAUUGAUAUAUUUGUCAUAAUAAAGAUAACUGCACAAAUCUAGAAUCAGUUCCUCAAUCAGUUCUACAAGAACUUAGUCACAGAUAAAAACAGGUGUGCAACACUGACCUCUACCUGCUGAUAUUUGUCUUUGUCUUUCAGAAAUAUACGGAAAAAAGGUGUCAUAUUUAUGGAUCUGAUUUGUCUCACACCCUUGAUCUGGACUUAUGACCACAUAAGUGUCUACAAACAGGAUUUGGUUUUAUAACACUUGCUAACACACAACAAGUCAACCUUUGGAUAUAUAACGGCAACAAAACUCAGAGUUGAAUAAAAGGAACCUCCCAGUGAGAAGGACACUCAUCCAUGAGGGGAAAAGAAAAAAAACAUGUUUUUACCACAAAAACACCCAGCCCAGCUCUCAUUCCUUCUACAGCAUCUCUAACCAACUAAAGUUUGACACUGAUGACCAGCACCUUUAUAAAAGUUUAAAAAAUAAACUUUUAGCCAGAGGGACAACUAAACCGAAUCUUGUAACUAGUCCAUCACUAAUCUACAAUAACUUGACAGAGAAUACCAAUUCGACAAACACUAGGACAGAAGACAAACAUGUGAAAACAUACUAUUAGCAUUUAUUACACACUUAAAUAUGAUCAACCCGUGGUCAAAAAAACAUUUUGUCAUGAAUGUUAAAUAGAACAAAUUUAUGUGAAAUGAAUUAAAUUGUAUUUUGAGGGUUGGUGGUAGGUUGAGGAGUCUUGUUGUUAGAAAAGGUUAAGGUUAGGGUGUUGGGAGUCGGGUUAAGGGCUGAGGUUAGGGAUAUAGUGCUGGUGUUUGGGUCGGAGAUCAGGUGUAGGACAGGGAGAGGGUUAGGGUAGGGGGGUGUUGGGGUUAAGCAACAACUUUAGGG